ACUUCCCCUGAAGCAAGCACUAGAGGCCUGUAGAUAGAGGACGAUGGCGGACGCAGGGGAGCCAAUGAUGAGCUCGGACCAGAAGAACUCAGUCCGUGUGAAGCCAGUUGAUUCCUGCGUCUCGUGUGUCAAAAGUACACCGGGAUGGUGCAGAAAGAAUUUGCUGUUGGUGCUGACCAUAGCUGGGGUCAUCCUGGGAAUCAUAUUUGGCUUCUCCCUGAGAUCAGCCCACUUAUCGGGAGAUACCAUCAUGCUCAUCUCCUUCCCUGGAGACCUCCUAAUGAGGAUGUUGAAGAUGUUGAUUGUCCCACUCAUCAUCAGUAGUAUGAUCACAGGCUUGGCCUCGCUUGAUGCAAAGAACUCUGGCAAAAUGGGUCUCCGUGCCAUUGUGUAUUACUUAUCAACAACUUUCAUCGCUAUCAUCCUGGGCAUCAUCCUAGUGCUGAGCAUUCACCCAGGUGAAUAUGACGGGGGCAUCAGAAAGAGGAGCAAGAAGCAGAAGCACCCACCUUCUUCAUUGGACGCUUUUCUUGAUCUCAUAAGAAAUAUCUUUCCACCCAACAUUCUCCAGGCCUGUUUUCAACACACACUGACCGUGUACACAGUGGACGAGCCGGAGGAGUUCAUCACAACACAGCCCAACACAACCACCUCAUCAGAUCUCAACACAACCCUCGCCACCACCAUCACCACCAUCAUCACCACCACACAGAGGACCAUCAUUGACAACUCCACCAACCAAACCAUCAUCACAGAGGAGGUAACUAAAUGGGUGCGGACAACUCCAAUGGCCGAUGGAGUCAAUGUGCUCGGAAUUAUUACCUUCUGUACUGCCUUUGGAAUCCUCAUUAGCAUCAUGGGACCCAAGGGGAAGAUCAUGAUUGAUUUCUUCCAGGUCCUCAAUGAAAUCAUUAUGAAGAUGGUUUUGAUGGUCAUGUGGUACUCCCCAAUAGGUAUCAUGUUCCUGAUAGCAGGUAAAAUUCUUGAGCUGGACGACCCAGCUAAGGUGGGCCAGCAGCUGGGCAUGUACAUGAUCACCAUCCUGGUCGGCCUGACCAUCCACACUGUGGUCGUCUUGCCUGGGAUUUAUUUUGUCAUCACUCGCAAGAACCCUUACCUGGUCAUGUGGGGAGUUAUCCAAGCCUGGGUUACGGCCCUUGGCACGGCUUCCAGCACAGCCACAUUGCCAGUGACCUUCAGAUGUCUGGAAGAAAAUCUACACAUUGACAAAAGAGUUACACGUUUUGUUCUACCUAUUGGAGCAACCAUCAAUAUGGAUGGAACAGCUCUCUACGAGGCAGUCGCACCAAUUUUCAUUGCCCAAAUGAACGGAAUGGAGUUGUCUUUCGGGAAAAUAGUAGCAAUCAGUCUGACAGCUACGUGUGCCAGUAUAGGUGCUGCCGCCAUACCUAGUGCUGGUCUGGUUACCAUGAUCAUGGUCUUAACCUCAGUGGGGCUUCCAGCUGAUGACAUCAGUUUGAUCCUAGCAGUUGAUUGGUUCUUGGAUCGCUUCCGCACCUCUACCAACGUUCUGGGAGACAGCUAUGGAGCUGCUGUUGUUGAUCACUUAUCUCGACAUGAGUUGCAGCUUGACCGUCAUGUGAUUGAUGACAACACUGAUUUUGAUAUGCAUGAGAACGGAAAGAGAAAGUCCCUAACCAACAGUCAAAAAGGUGGCAUCGAAGCGCAACUCUAAAUGGCUUCUAUCAACUCAGACAAUGAAAUAAAAACAGUCAUGGGAUUUUUAGCUUAAAGAAAUAUUAAAAUAACUAUUUUUAAAAACAAAUUUUAAAAACAGGUUGUUGAUAUUAUUAAAAUUUUAUAUUUACAUGAAUGAAGUGAGAAGAUAGCUUUAAAUACGGCAGAUGUAAGAAUGGGUAGUAGGCCUACAUAGUACAAAGUAGAAGAUAUAUAUUUUAUUAAAUCUUAACAUAUUUUUAUAAAAAAACUUAUGACCACUAAAUGUUUAACAUCACAUUGGAAUAUAGAUUUUAUAACGUGUAAAAAUAUUUUGCUGGUAAGUAAAUUAGAUGUCUGCGGUAAAUUAGUUGAAUUUUUUCUUGGGGUUGUGCAGUAAUCAGAUUAUCAAGAUUUUGUUGAGCUGUUAUGGUCAGCUGUUGUGAAUAUCAUCUUGUACAAUUAUAUCACAAUUGCACAUUUUCAUGCAUCUUCAACUUAACAGUUUGGGCACCUUUCAUGGCACUCACAAGAAUAUUAUUAAGUCUAUUAGUCACAGUCAACAGAGUUACUCAUAUAACAAGUUAUGGUAACGGCUACAGGGGUCGUAAUUAUGUUUCCUUUUAUGUUCCUUUAGAGUUUAUAUGUAUCUUGAUAGAUAAUUUAGUUAUUAUCAGUCACUUAAAUAUGUUGACCAAUCCUGCAAAAGGCCCAUUUCAACCCCAUAUAUAAUCAUGCAUGAUGUUGCUAAAGAAUUACUUCUAAUUAAGAUUCUUCCACUGAUUACUAAAAUAAAAAAAAACCUAGUACACUGUGAACUAUCAUCUUGUCCACUUUAUUAUGAAUGUCUUCACCUUCCUUUGAUCCAAACACACUGUUAACGUGUACGUGAUCAAUUUUAUUUUAAAUAGAAAUGGAGAAAGAUUGUUUCACUUUACAAUAACUCUGAAACUUUAUAUAAUAAAUUGCAUUGUGAUAAUUGUUUUUAAUUACCAUGAUGCUAAGCAUGAUUUUCAUUUUUUUUAACCUUGUAUAUGUAAAAAAAAAAAUUAAAAGCUUUUUAAUCUUAUUCUGUUUUAUUUUGGGGUAGCAGGUCUUUCACUAUUUUGAGGCCAUUUCUAAUUCUAAAAAAACACUAAUCCAUUCCUUAAUUAUUAAUUUCAAGUCAGUUCCUUAGUUCAGCAACUGAAUGUAUUUGAACUUCUCACUUUUAAAAGUUGUACACUCUCAAUUAUUAAAAUUAUACAUUUAUAAAAUGUCACUUUUUUCGGUAAUGAUUGAAACCACUUGAAUAAUUGUUUCCAUAUUGUAAAUACACCACGAUGAUGACUUUGAAAUGUUAUUAUAAAUAUGAGAACUUUGUAAUGCUUUUAAUAUCUAAAUUAUACAUAGUCAGAUAUACUAAUUCGUAGGCCUACUAUUUCUAAAAAAUUUAAAUGUGCAGCACUAAAAUAAAUUGUAACUAUUUAAAAAUUUUAAUUCAUUUUUAUAUAUUCUAUAUAAUUGUAUGCACUGAAAAAAAUAAUUAUUAAAGAAUUUUUUGUUUUGGAAAACAACUAUAUUAAUUAAUAAAUGAUAUAUUUAUAUAGGCAUGUAACCUUAAGUGUUACAUACUGUUUACUCAAGACAGUUUAAAAGUAUUAUUUGGGAAAUAAAUAAUUUUGAACUCAAAAGGGUUUACUAACUAAAUCUAGUUAAUUUUUCCAUUAAAAUAUGGAGGAUCAUUUUUUUUAAAACAAACAUUUUUUUUCUAUAAGAAUAGUUCUAAAAUAGCUUUUUGUUACAUUAAAUUUAAAGUUUCUCUACCUGCAUAAUUUCAAAUUUGGUAAAAAAAAUUUUGAGGAAGAAUAAAGUGCAAUAUUAAUAUUACCCUUUGUACAAUACUGAUAUCAUUCUUCCAUUCUUCCUACUGACAACUUGAUUUCACAUAUAAGAUGUCAGUUCUAUUUUUAUACCUUGUACCAGUUCAAGUAUUUCUGAUUAUAAAACUGUUGAAUAUGUUCAUUUUUGUAACCUGUGUUCAAUUUUUGUUUACUAUACCAUUAUCAUAAGUACCAGAUAACAUUUUAAAUGAGCUUUUGAAAAUGUAUAACAGAAGAGAAUAGUUUUGAAAAAUAUAAUGUAUCUUAAAAAACUGUUUCUGAAUCAUUUUUUAAAUUAAUUUCUUUAAUGAGGUUUGGAAUUGAAAUCAUUUACAGAAACCAUUUUUAAACUAUGAUAAUUAAUGUUAUAAGAUGAUGACAAUUUUUAGCAUGUCCUUUUUCAAAUAAUGUGAGCUUGUUUUUGGAUGUUCAAGCUUGAUAUUUCAUUAAUAACAUGAGUAUUAAUGAUAGCAAAGUUAUGUAAAUGUAUAUAUUGUGUAUAUACUUUUUGUAAACUUUAACCUUCUUUUAACACUUGCUUCCAUAUAUAAUCCUACCUUUUCUUUCUGUUAUUUGUGAACCUUAAACACUUGCAUAAAAGGAAAAAAAAAAAGAAAUGAUACUUCAUUGUUUUAUAUGACGUACAUCCAUUAAUCUCUUCCUAUUAUCUUGUUUGCAUUAUUAUGCAAAUUUAAAGUUACAGAAUUUACCUUUUUGGCAAUACUGCUGUUGAUUCAAUUUAUAAACCCUCUACAUACUUUAAAAUUAGCAUGACCAAAAAUUCACCAUUUGAAGCCAAAAUUCAUAGUUUCAAAUCAUAUCUUUAAAAAACAGCAAGUUUGACUAAGCAUUGGCUGUAAAAAGUGUGUUAUAAACCAAGCACUGCCUAAUUCUAUUAUAAAUGAAGUUUAACAUCUUAAACUGAUUUUUUUUAUAUCAAAAUUAAAAGUUUUAAUUUUGUUUUUAUUUGAAGUUUUUAUACAUUAAUAAUUCAGAGUGGUCAUGAAUAAAACAAUUUAAGCUGAAUAAUUUUUAAGGUUACUGCUGCUAAGUAGAAUAACCUUUAAUAGAUGCUGGGAAAAUAUUUUAAAUUUGUUUUUAAAAAGAAUUAUGUAUAUUAUAUUGUAAUCACUUUAUUUGAUGUAUAAACACUUUGAUGAGGAUUUUUUUUAAAACUGUUUUUUUUUUUUACACCUAAAGCUGUAGAAUACUAGUUAUUACUGUAAUUGUGUUUAGGUUGUUUUUUUUAAUUCCUGUGGCAAUUAAACCAUUCUUUUAACCUAAUUAAACUAUAUAAUGGAUUUACUAUUUGAAAUCUUUAGGAAAUAUAAUACUUCAUUUCCUAAUGCAGUAACCAAUUUCUAACAUACAUAAAAGCACAGUUGUACUAUAGUCUCUAUAGAUCUAUAUUUCCAGAGUUUCAUUUUUUUUUUAAAUUGUAUCUCUUAUAAAAGUUAAUUUUAUAAAUAAUAUACACAGUACUACAUACUGAACAAAGGAAUUCAAUAUAAAGAAUGAUCUUUUUAAAUUGUGAUCUAUCGGUAGCAUUUAAAAAAUUGACUUUAUGGCAGCAGUAAUUUGAAAUUUUUAUAUUUUCUUUAUAGCAGAACAUUUAAUAACUGCUUGUUCCAUUGUUUGUUUUCUUUGCCAUAAAGAUCUUAUUUCAUCAUUAAAAUUGCCAUUUGUAAAAUAAACUUUUUACUUCUUUACUUAUACCUAGAGAUAGUAAGCUUAAAUUUUGGUAUCUUUACUUACAUGUAAGCUGUUGUUUUUUUUUCCCUGUAUUGUUUUACUUAGUAUUAAUUUUUUUUUACAACAGAGCAGGUCACUGCAGUUUAAAAGUACUUGCACACCCUAAGCUCUUGUUUAUGUUAUCUUUAGUCCUAGUAUAGAUGCUAAUUUUUACUUUAACUCCAAAACAUGUGACAACUUGUGUCUUUUUUUUUAUUUACUUGGCAUUAACUAAAUGCAUCUUUAAAAAAAUAAAUGUUUAUUUUAUUCAAUAAUGUCA